GAAUUUGAAUACGUAAUGAUGCAAAUAAAAAACCAUGUUUGUCCAUUUAUAUUUAAAAAGUAGUUGGUUGAAAUAAUAAUACCCGUGGCAGCAGCCAAAGCAAGAAAAAGGAAAGUCAAAAGAAGGAAGCAAGUAGAGAUAGAAAGACAGAGAGUCGUGAAUCAUCCAAAAUCCAAUCUAUCAGAGAUGUCAGAAUCCGGAAAUCUCAACCUUGUAGUAGUAGCAGUAGAUGGCAGUCAAGAAAGCAUGAAUGCUCUACGCUGGGCUUUACUCAAUCUCAAGCUCAGAUCACCUACGCCCGAUACCACGGAUUCCGCUUCUUUCAUUAUCUUCCACGUCCAAUCCCCACCGUCUAUCGCCACGGGUCUUAAUCCCGGUCCUAUCCCUUUCGGUGGUCCCAGUGAUCUUGAAGUUCCUGCGUUCGCUGCCGCAAUUGAAGCUCACCAGAAACGUAUCACUGAUUCUAUACUUUAUCACGCUUUGGGAAUUUGCUCCCAAUUCAAUCAUACUCAGGCUAAGGUCAGGACCCAUGUGGUUGUUGGCGAACCAAAGGAGAAGAUUUGUGAAACUGUACAGGAUUUGCAUGCUGAUGUGCUUGUGAUUGGGUCUCGGGCUUUUGGCCCUAUUAAGAGGAUGUUCCUGGGAAGUGUUAGUAACUACUGUGCCCACCAUGCUCAGUGUCCAGUCAUUAUCAUCAAGGGAAAGGAUGGUGUUGAUAAGGGAAACUAAUACACUUCUACUAUGAUAUAUUGACUUUUGAUGAUUUGGAACUCUUCUGUUAUAGACUUAACAGCAAAAUGCUACUAUCACUUAAUUUACAAAGUUGCGGGGUUCUGAAACAACUUUGGUUUCAUUGUUUGGGUUCUUAAGGUGAGUUACCACAUUUGAGGUGCUGGUGCUGCACUUGUCCAAUUGAUAAUGUCAAGAGCUUUUCAUGCUAUCGAGUUGCGCAUUUUAUGCUAUUCCUGUGUUGUAGCUAACCUUUGAAGCUUAUAUCGCCAAUGCUGGCCAAGUCCUGCUAUAAGUAUGAGUUGUUGUUGCUGUUUGUGGACAAUAAUGGUGGUGUUGUAUGUGUAAUAUUCUCACAGUUGACGGUGCUUUUCACUUGUGUUGUUCUAUAUUUGGUAGUUGUCGCAAGUGAUUCAAAGAAAUAUAUGAGUUCCAAAAGUUUGUAUUGUUUUUGAAGUUGUAUAAUGUUUAUAAGCAAAUAUUGGAUUACUUUAGCUCUGUUGAAAAUUUGACUUUCUAAGUGUUGA